GACAAGGCGUAUGUAUACAAAUUGGCGUAGUGUGUGAAAAAUCGUAUUUGCCAAAUAAUUAUUAUUAUUGUUGCUGAAUUGCACAUUGUUGUGUGAAAAAGUUCCUGCUUUACAAACGAGCACAAAUCGAGCUUAACCCCGUCUCAACUACAUAUCCGUCUUGGCCAACACAAUCUGCACCCACCGCACACACACCGAAGGCAGUCCAAGAUUUCGCACUGUGAGUCACUUGUCCAGAUUUCCCCGAGAGCCGUACGUAAAGACAGCAGACGUCGCCGUCGCCGUCGCCGCGCAACCACUUGCUUGGUAAUUACUUAAGCCACUUUUUCGAGGCAAGCAGCUAGUCCAGAAAUGGCCGCCGUUGAAAACAAUGAGCCCCGCACGGAGCUGCAGGAACUGCAGUUCAAGUCCGGCCAAGUGGCGGAUGAGUCCCUGGAGAGCACGCGACGGAUGCUCAGUCUGAUGGACGAGAGCAAGGAGGCGGGCAUCCGCACGUUGGUGGCUCUCGACGACCAGGGCGAGCAGCUGGACCGCAUCGAGGAGGGCAUGGAUCGCAUCAACGCCGACAUGAGGGAGGCGGAGAAGAAUCUGAGCGGCAUGGAGAAGUGCUGCGGCAUCUGUGUGUUGCCCUGGAAGAAGGUGAACAUCAAGGAUGACGGCGAGAGUGCUUGGAAGGCCAAUGACGAUGGGAAGAUCGUGGCCAGCCAGCCGCAGCGCGUCAUUGAUGAGCGGGAACGCGGAGGAAUGGGCGCUCCGCCGCAAUCGGGCUAUGUGGCGCGUAUUACAAACGAUGCCCGCGAGGAUGAGAUGGACGAGAACCUUGGCCAGGUGAACUCCAUGCUAGGAAAUUUGCGCAACAUGGCGCUGGACAUGGGCUCGGAGCUGGAGAACCAGAACAAGCAGGUGGACCGCAUCAAUGCAAAGGGCGAUGCAAACAACAUACGUAUGGACGGUGUCAACAAGCGCGCCAACAACCUGCUCAAGAGUUAAAUUCGCAUAAAAGACAGUCUCAAAUCCAAAUCAAAAACAAAAUUAAUAGUGAAACACGAUAGCCAGGAAUCCACGGAAUAGCCAGUCAGUCUCCUCCCGCUACCAUCAACCAAACAGGAGAGGGUUCGAACCAAAAAUGUGUGGGCACAAACAGCAGCAGCAGCUGUUACUGCAGGCUACUGCUUUAUUUAUACUAUAUAUUAUAUACAAAUACAAGUAGUAUACUUGACUCCGGCUCCUGGCGGACAACAAACGUAACGGACGCAUCUACAUACCUACCAGCGCACCUCACCAGCCGGGAGAACUUGCUACUUUCUACGACUAUACUUAUACAUAUAUAUACUGUUCUAAAUACGUGCAAAAGCAAACCACAAAUAUUAACUACUUACUAUUACUCGUGUACAAAUAGGGGCGACCCCCUCUCGGAUUUGCCGGAAACAAUUUUAUUAUGAGAUUUACCAGAUGAUGGACGUACUCUGUUUUUGGUACAAAACUUUUUGAGCAUUUUACCAAACUCUGUGUGGAAUCAAAACCCAUGUAACUACUGAGAUGUAUGAAUAUAUUUACAAUUUGUAUAACCACCGGACACCGAGAACCGAUCAUGGGUGGUGUCUCAUAUCGUAGCCAAUUCUAUGUUUUACAUUGUUAAAGUUUCUUUGCUUUAGUCGAGAUGCGAUGAUGCCAUUUAACCACCAACAAAAAAGUCCAGCACAGAUUCGAUUGAAUUAUUAAUGUAACCUAGACUCGCACACGAACCCGGCCUCUUUCUUCGUAUAUGUAUGUCCCAAGUGAAUGUAACAG